AAGCCCGGGUUCCACUAAAUCAAUCGGCACGCCAAAAUCGACGUGCCAUGCCCAGCGAAAGAUUGGACAUGACCAUAUCCAACACGGCAAAUACCCAUUGUUUCCAGCUCCACAAACUAAUCAGAGCACCGACCGGACGAUCGAUUAGACCGUCCGGGGAACUCGCCCUGUUGCUCGACCUGGCCGUUGCUCGUACUCGUUGGCACGUCGCGUUGACGCGGAUGACAUCCAUGCGUCCGACCUCUGCCUAUAUAAGGAUCGAGGAGGGAGGAGGAGCGCGCACAUCUGAUCUUCUCGCGUGUCUCUCUCUGUUCUUUUUCCUUCGGGUCAUAGAGUGGUGCGUACUGGCAGAGUGGCGGGGGAGGAGAGACCAUGCUGGAAGGGAAGGCGAUGGUGGAGGACACCGACAUGCCGGUGAAGAUGCAGGCGCAGGCGAUGUCGGCGGCGUCCAGGGCCCUCGACCGCUUCGACGUCAGCGACUGCCGGAGCAUCGCGGCGGUCAUCAAGAAGGAGUUCGACGCGAUCCAUGGGCCGGGAUGGCAGUGCGUAGUCGGCUCCAGCUUCGGCUGCUACUUCACGCACAGCAAGGGAAGCUUCAUCUACUUCAAGCUGGAGUCGCUCAGGUUCCUCGUCUUCAAAGGGGCGGCAGCAUAACAGCUAACAACCACGGUUCGCAACCAGGCUAAUCAGCUGCGCUAUACCGUCUUUUUCCCUCUCCGGUGUUGAUGGCGACGAGGCGGCAGCAAGCGUGAAGGUGAAAUGUACUCACAGGAUAAGAUGUAACGUAGUGGAAGAUGAGGCUGCAAGGAGGGGGUGCGGCUAUGUUUGAUCAAUUGCUGGUCAAACGUGCCACGGUGCUACUACUUUGUACGCAUGUGUAUAUGAAAUUCAUACCGACCAACUGAUUCAAAAUUGGUAUUGCAAUAAAUUGUUGAAAUUUUAGGGGAUCA